AAUCUUAUCAUGUCAGAUCACAGAAAUGCGUAUCUUGAUAGUGCUUUAUUUAUUGUGAAAGGAAGCGUUUGCUUUGUUACACAAUUACCGAUGAGUCGAACAACGAAAUCCGUUAAAUUUCUAAAAGGAAAUGAGGCAAUUAUAACGUUAGCACCUGUUACACAACCAUUCACACUCACGCAACAAGAAGAAAUAAAAAAUUGUGUUGAGCAGAAAAUUCUUGAAGACGCACCGUUUCAUAUUUUGUUAGUACCGCGCUUAUUGGCUGAAUCAUUUUAUGGUGAUUUGUUUUUGGAUGACUUUGGUAUCCCCUCCGAUCUUACAGAGUAUGUUUGGAUGUUUUUUGGUUCUAUUUCUUUAAUAUCGUUUGUUUGUAGACUAAGACUUGUUGUUUUGAAAGAGUGGAUAGUGAAUUGUAGCCGAUUUCCAACAAUUCGAUCUACAGGUCUUUUAAAACGUAUCUGCAUCCAAUCUUUCAAGUAUAAUGAAAAAAAAAAAAGCGUUCAAAUUUCAAUAAGCGUACAAGUAUAUAACGAAUCGGAUUUACAAAAAGACUGUACUUUGUGUGAGAAACGAAUAACGCUACUUGAGGACUUGUACCCUUUUUCAGUAGGGACGGCAUCAACGAAAGAGUCAAAUGAUAAAGGAGUGUCACAAAUCAUUACUCCUUGGACGGUUGAAACAGAAACAGAGAAAGGUGUGGAUUACGAUCGUUUAAUUCAAUGCUUUGGGUGUUCCAAAAUCACCGAGACACUUAUUACCAGAAUUGAGAAUUUAACAAAAAAAAAAGCUCAUUAUCUUUUGCGACGCGGUUUCUUUUUUUCACACCGGGAUUUAGACCAGCUUUUAAAUGCUUAUGAAAACAAUCGUCCAUUUUACCUUUAUACAGGUAGAGGGCCAUCGAGUGAAUCGCUCCACAUUGGACAUUUAAUUCCCUUCAUGUUUACUAAAUAUCUUCAAGAUGCUUUUAACGUUCCAUUAAUUAUUCAACUAUCUGACGAUGAAAAGUUUUUAUUUAAAGAGGAUUUAUCUUUAGAAGAUGUUGAAAAACUUGCUUUGGAAAAUAUAAAAGAUAUUAUCGGAAUGGGAUUCGAUCCUGAGAAAACACUUAUUAUUAUGAGCAGUCGAUACAUGGGAUAUAUGUAUAAAACCGUUUUAGAAAUUCAAAAAAAAGUUACUUAUAAUCAGAUGCGAGGAAUUUUUGGUUUUCAGCCGUUUGAUAAUGUGGGGAAGUUAUUGUAUCCUGCAGUUCAAGCAGCUCUCGCUUUCUCAAACGCGUUGCCUACAAUUUUUGGAUCUAAUCGUAAAAAUGUUUGGUGUUUGAUUCCGCAAGCUAUAGAUCAAGAUCCUUAUUUCCGAAUGGCACGCGAUGUCGCACCCCGUUUAGGUUAUUUGAAACCAGCUUUAAUUCAUUCAAAAUUUAUUCCAGCAUUACAAGGACUUAAAACAAAAAUGUGUGGCUCCGUACACACUUCAAGUAUUUACUGUACGGAUACUCCACAAGAAAUUAAAACAAAAAUUAACAAAUAUGCUUAUAGUGGUGGAUGUUCAACACGUGAAGAGCAUCGACUGCAUGGUGCUAACCUUGAUGUUGAUGUACCUAUACAGUAUUUGACCUGUUUUAUGAAAGAUGACGCAGAACUUGAACGUAUUAAGAAGGAUUAUCAAACUGGAAAAUUGCUUACUGGUGAAGUGAAAGCUAUACUUAUUAAUGUUUUAACUGAAAUUAUCCAAGAACAUCAAGCUCGAAGAGCUAAAGUAACAAACGAGACUAUCGCUCAAUGCAUGUCGUUACAUCGGGAUUCCUUUAACAUUUUCAAAGAUUCGGUUCAAUUGUGAUUUAAUUUUAAGUCCGUGCUCUUUAUAUAAAAUCACGCAGUGGAAGUAUAACUGUAGCAUCUAGUUGUAAAAGAGAACACUCUAAAUGAUCUUCUGCAGCUUCACGUUGAUGUAAUUGUGUCUCAUGUAAAUCUGGCUCUGUUAUAUUUCCGCGCAUUAAUUCGGUUAUUUCCUUUGCUUCAUGUUGUUUCCUUUGCCAUAAAUUCAAAAUUGUUUGAUAUGUUUUUUCAAUAAGCUUGCAUUUAAUC